UGUUUUUUUUUUAUAUUUAAGCGCGAGAAAUCCAUAUAAAGGGAACGACACAACUGAAACACCAGUGUACAUCUUCCAUUGAAUAACUCGACAAAAUGGACCAAUCGAUUAUGAACUGUUUAAUUAUACUCUACUCUUGCGUUUUGCUAACGGUCAACGCAGAGACAACAAACGAUCAACCUGACUUGAUGGCAUCGCCUACGUUAUGGUUAGCUCGUCAAUGGAGUAACGUUUACAGCGGUUAUCCCGGAUCGCAGUACCCGCCAUACUAUCAACAGCCACAUCCGUAUCAGCCACCAAACCCUAAUUACAGUGGCUGGGGACCAAACAGACCACCUCUGCCACCACCUCCACCAGGUUAUUUGCCAAACAGUAAUCCAAACCCUCAGAUAGAUUAUUCUAAUUAUGCAGUCCAUGGUGGACACGGAUUUGGUAACUACGGGAUUAAUUAGAAAAUCAAUUUAUCAAUUAUGAAAUAAAUGUUUUUUUUUUCAAUCUACUUAAUUCAUUAUAUAUGCGAAGACAAUUUUUUUUUAUUAAAAAAUAUCAAUGUAUCGAAA